AUGUCCGGGAUCCUACUUGAUAUUCAGAAUAUCUUGGACCUCGCACCGACGAAUUCCGUCGAUGCACUUGAGGGAUUCGAUGCUAUCGCAAGUCUAAACGAACUCUUCCCCGAUGAGGCAAGCCUUGUCCGCGCCUCGGAAAUCCAGGAAAAGCUCCACCACGAUGUCACUCAGAUUCAAACUGAGAUAGACUCGCUCCGGGCCGAGUUGCGCAAGGACCAAGAGCCGGCUAGGAUGCAGCUAAUACAGGAAUUAAUAGCUGAACUCCUCGCUCAAAUGUCGCGAAUCCGAGAGAAAGCCACUGAGUCCGAGGCAAUCGUGCGUGACAUUACCAAGGACAUCCAGGUCCUCGACUUGGCGAAACGUAACUUGGCACUCAGUGUUACGGCGCUGAAGAGGUUUCAGAUGCUUGUGAAUGCAUUAGGUCAGCUCGAGAGCAUGGUCAAGGAAAAGCAGUACAAGGAAAUCGCUCAGACUCUGGGGGCAGUAAAAGAGAUAUCCCUGUUCUUCAAGCCUUACUCUUCUAUCGAGCGAAUCUCAAUUGCGACCAGGAGGCUUCAAGAGCUACAAGGAAGCGUCCGAGCGAGUGUGGAGAAGGAUUUCGAUGAUUUCUUCUUACAAGAUCCCUCUCGCCCUGUUAAACAGUCUACAAUUGGCGAAGCAUGCCUGGUGGUCGACGUGCUCGGUGACAACGUGAGGAACGCAAUACUGGACCGUUAUGCCUCACUCGAACUCAAAGAAUACCGCCGAAUCUUUAGAAACACUGACGAGGCCGGACAACUGGAUAACCUUUCCCGGCGCUUCGCCUACUUCCGUCGUGUCCUCCAAGCCCAUGAUACCGAGCGCGCAAGGGCUUUUCCUCAGAGCUGGAAAGUCGGCGAACAUCUCACUGCCUGUUUUGCCAGCGCGACGAGAGGCGAUCUGGUUGUAGGACUGGAAGCUGCUGCUGAAAAGGCUUCUUCUAUCGGUAUGGCAUUCUCUCUAUCUGUUCUACCUUUUAAGGAGUUUGAACUUAUAUAUGGUGUAUGCGUAGGAGGGGGUGGUGCUAAAAAGGGUCUCGCGCUCGGAAGCCUGAGUCGAAAAACUGAAGAGCCAGAGAACAAGGCUGGCGUACCUGUCUUGACAGUGUCCUUACUCGUCGAGUCACUUGCGCAAACCAGAGAGUUUGAAAACGCCAUGGCGAAGAAGUUUGGUGUUUCUUUCAAGGAACUUGUCGAAGGUGUUCCGCUCCCUGGUGGAACGGGCCAAACACUCUCUUCUGCAUUCGGAAAACACAUGUCUGUUUUCGUCGAUGCGCAAGACAAACUCAUUUCCGACCUACUCGCAUCCCACCGCGGGACUAAUGCCCGCUCCUCGCUCGACGCAACGACCACACCUUCGGAUCCAGACACACCCGCUCCAAGUCUGCUCCCGUCCAGCACCGAGUUGUUUUUCGCGAUCGGAACUGGAAUGGAUGAGUGUUUGAAGCUGGGUGGUGAAGGUGUUAUGAAGCUGAUGUGUGCGAUGUAUAAGAAAUGGCUGAAAGUCUAUGCCGAGGACGUGUUGGUUGCUGGGACAAAAAAAUCUGGACAAGAGCGAAAGUCGAUAGAUACUCGAUUCAACCCAUCGGAAAUUCAAAAACUAUGCAUUCUUGAGGAAAAGAUAAGAGAUAAAAUCACAGAAGACGAAGGUGAAGAGGAAGAAGGCGAGUUCUCUAUGGCAGAGGAACAAGAACUCUUUGUUUCGGUGAUAUCCACAUGCCUCACUCUCCUUUUACGAGAACUCGAUAACACAACCGACCCAUCUUUCCAAACGCUCCUCAAAUUCAAUUGGGGGAGUAUCGACACUGUCACUGGCCCAAGCGCAUGGGUCGAAGAACUUGGGACCGCCACGGCCAGCGUGAGCCAAGUGAUUCACGACAAGAUCGAACCGAAAAAGUACGUUCGGAGCUUUUGCGAUCGUGCAAGCAACGCCCUGGUUACGCGGUUCACAAAUGCGCUGGUCAAGAGUCGGCCUAUCAAAGGGCUGGGUGGUGAACAGCUUCUGCUGGACCUUCAAUCAUUCAAAUCAAGCCUUCUCAAGAUUCCAGGAUCGGGCGCAUCAACUGAAUCGAUGUACGCUCGUAAUGUAACCAAGAACAUCUCACGCUUGGAGACGCUUCUCAAGGUCAUAAUCACACCUGUCGUAAGUGCUCGUGAUGACGAGGCUUGGAUUACCCAUCUCAUUCAAAGGUACCAAGGAUCCGCCGGAUGCGUUUGUACUAAACUAUAUUUAUUGAUUGGGGACUCGUCAUUUUCAAACUUCCAAAAGGUACUCGAUCUCAAGGGCACGCCAAAAGCCGAACAAAACACCUUGCUCGACACGUUGUUGACAAUAACGAGCACUCGAACUGAAUUAGGGUCCGAAUCGUUCCUGACAACGCUGGAUAUGGAUCCUGGAUCUACUUCAGCUAGUAGUACUACUGAGGCUGAUGCUCCAAGGACGACGGAAACCAGGCGGGAAGUGUUCAGCGAUCUUAGAAAGCUUGUGAGCUUUACUAUGCGCAGAGAGCGAGAUAAGACUGUAUCCGGAACGUAA